GAAUAUAAUGACUGUAGAAAUAUAGAAAGUUUUUUUGAACUUCUCGAAUUUUUAAAUAUAAUUUCUUUUGAGAAUAAUGAUAAUAUUAUACAAACUAUGGAGCAACCUGUGAUGUAUGUUAAAAACCAUCUUGCAUCUUUUCAUGAAAGUUCAGAUAAUUUGGUUGAGAACAAAUUUUCUUAUGUUUGCAUUGCUUGUAAAAGUAAAUUUGAUACAAUCCAAAGUGUAAUUGAACAUUUAAGUACAAAAAGAAGACAUUUGAAAUACUUUAAAAAUAUUUUGCUCACAUAUAAUCACAUAUAUAAUAUAUGUACAACAAAAGAACUUGAUAUAAAUAAAACACAAGCAGCAGAAUCUUCAAUUUGUAUUGAAAAUAUAUCGAUUAAUACAUUGGAAGAACAUAAUAUUAAUAAAAUACAGAUAGCACAAUAUAUUGAUAAUAAUAGCGAUUUAAUUAAUACAAAUACUAAUAGCAAGAAUGAUAUACUAUCUCAAAGUAGAGAAAAUAAUUCUGGUUUAUUUAUGCCUGAUGAUAUAUCCAUUGAAAUUAAACAAUUCAUUAGAAAUAUACCAGCAGAAAAAAAUAUAAAUAAUAUUGUAAGAACUAAACAAAAAAAUAAUGUCUUGGAUCGUUAUAACAGAAUGUAUUAUACAAAAUUUCUAGACUUUGAGAAAAUUAUGUUUACUUACAAUCAAGACAAGCUGAAAGAGAUUGAAUCAAGUUUAAAACUAUAUGCCCUCCAAAAUAAAAAUAUGCUUUGUCUUGCAUGUGAUGUUGCGCAUUCGAUCAAUAUACACAUAUUGUAUGAACAUAUUCAUUCUGAACAACAUGUUAUACAAUUUACACAAUUGCAUAAGAACAGCGAAGAGCAAAGGCUAAACUUACUGAAAGAAUCAAUUAAGGUAAAUUAUACAAACUUCAAAUGUUAUGCUUGCAAUAUAAAUGAAAAGUGGGUGUAUUAUGGUGAAUCAUGGAUUAAGGAACAUAUACGUUAUUCCACACACAAAAAAAAACAUAAAGAGUUAAUCAAGAAUAUUAAAUGUAUGCUACUAUCAGAAGAAGAAUUAUAUUCUUUAUGGUAUAAUAUUCAAUAUUUUGCUUGCGUCGAGUGUAAUGCAAGAUUUAAAAUAAAGAUAGAAUUUAUGGAACAUCUUUACCAAAAACAUAAGAAUGUGUUUCUAAAUAUAAAGAAUAGUUCAGAAUUUGAUUUCUGCAUAACAUGUGCCACUUUGUGGUAUAAAAAUCUUUCUUACUGCGAAAAAUCAGUUUAUCAGCGACACUGUAAAAAACGGACGCAUCAAUACUUAAAAAAAAGUAAUGACUUUGCAAUUAUGUCACUACCACAAUCUCUGCAAGAAUUAUUAAAAAAUAUCAAUAAAACUGUUGCUCAUCUAUUUAAAUUAUCAAAUGAUGCAUUAAAUGAUAAAAGAACAAUUCAACUCGUGGAUGAUUUAACAAAUGCUUUCGAAACUCAACAGUUUGAUGUAGAAGUACAUAUGUUUGGUUCAAGAGUUACUGGUUUAGCAUCGUCUGAAAGCGAUAUUGAUAUAUAUCUCAACUUUGGUGAUGAAUGUAUUGAAGCUGAAUUAAUUAAGAAUAGAAGUGAACAAAUUAAAAAUUGUUUGAAUACUGAUGGUCCAAAAUGGGAAAUAGAAUUCAUUUCGAACAAAAGCAGGACGCCUAUAGUAAGACUAAGGCACAGACCAACGAGAUUACAAUGUGAUAUCUCCUUUACAAAUGGUCUUUCAGUAGAAAAUUCUAAAUUUAUCAAAUCUUUCAACACGGCAUAUCCGCCUUGUCGACAAUUAAUAUUAUUUCUAAAAAAGUGGAUGUUGUUGGGUAAUUUGACUGGUUCUAAUUUCGGAAUAACAAGCUAUGCUCUCACUUGGCUAGUCAUUUUUUAUUUGCAAGUCACAUAUAAAAUACCAAGUGUUGCUACUUUAAUUAAAAGUCAUAAUCGCUCGAAAAUUGUAUCUGGCUGGGAAACUGGAGUCGGUAAUAAUGUUCCUAUCGACGUACCUGAAUUAUCGAUACCUGAAUUGUUAUUAGGAUUCUUUGAGUAUUACGGACGUUUUGAUUACAUGAAUGAUGUUGUAUGUCCGUUGUUAGGUAUUACAUGCCGUAAGAAAAUCUUUACAGAAAUAUUGGCUUUACCAGAUACUAUGGCUCUCUAUAUUGCGCAAAUACAGAAAGCGAAACCGGAAUAUUUUCGCGUUGAUUCUUCUAUGUGUGUGCAAGAUCCAUUCGAUCUCUCGCACAAUUUAACAAAGGCUGUGCCAAUUUUAACGCUUAAGCGCUUUAAACAAUAUUGUAAAGAAAGUGCAUUGAUGUUGCGUUAAUGUAUAAGUUCAUUGAAAAAAAAAAUAAUUAUAUAGAAUCAUCUUUUUUAAUUUCU